GUUUGACAGCAGGCAAAGCGAAUACAGAAUAUAAAUUAUAAAUUUGUUAUAAAAUACUUCACCGUGCUUGUUUUCAAAGCUAUGUUUUUGCAAAAACAUUACUACAAGUUAUCUUUAUCGUGAAUGUUUCAAAAUUAGUGUAUAAAGAGCAAUAACGCUAACUGAUAGAAGCUCAAGUUUAGAAAACAAGAGUAAAGCUGUGGUGUCAGCAUGGCACCCAAAAUAAGAACUGCGGUCGAAGACACAGAUUCUGGGUCUGAUUCAGACAGUGGCUCUAGCGGAAGUCGUAGCAAGAGCCCUAGUCCUGGUAAAGAAGGCAGCAGGUCUCGAUCAGUAUCCCGCAGUCCAGCUCGCUCUGGUAGUGAAUCUCCUAAAUCAAACAACUCAGCAAGGUCUAGGAAAUCAUCCAAUGCAUCCAAUGUAUCUCGCAGCAAAUCUAAUUCACCAACAGGUUCUAACAGAUCUCGGUCAGGCUCGGCUCAGAGUAAUAAAUCUGGUUCAUCAAGCCCUAAAUCCCAAGCAUCAGCUAGUCCUAAAAAUAGAGCUUCAAAAUCUCGCUCCAGAAGUGGUUCACGUAGAUCCAGGUCUGCUUCAGGCAGUGGUAGGUCUAGAUCUGGGAGUGCUAAUUCACGUUCCCCCAGCCCAAAGUCUAGGGCACAAAGUCCAAAAUCACGUUCACAGAGUCCAAAGUCAAGAUCGCAAAGUCCAAAAUCCAGAUCACAAAGUCCUAAAUCAAGAUCCUCAAAGUCUAGAUCCAAUAGUCCAAAAUCCCCACGUAAAAGUCGUUCAAGGUCUCCUAGUGGUAGUCCUAAAAGUAGGAAAUCAAGGUCACGGUCAGGCAGUGCCUCAUCCAGAUCCAAGAGUCCAGUACAAAGGCAAGAUGUGGCAGAUAGCAGAUCAAACUCUCCAAAUCUCAUGAUUGACGAUGAUCAAGGGAAAGAAAAAUCUAGGAGUAGAUCAAGGUCGAGAUCAAAAAGCAAAUCAAAAUCAAAAAGUCGUUCAAGAUCACGAUCGAAAAGUUCCAAUGCAUCUGAUAUAGAAGACGGUGGUAAAAAGAAAGGUGGACCACUAUCAGAUUCGGAAAGUGAUGGUGGAAAAGUUUCCAAACGUAAGAAGGGAUCCGAUAGUGGGUCUGACACAAGUGGCAAGCCUAAGAAGAAAACAAAGAAGAUUGUUGACUCAGAUGAGGAGAAACCAGGAGAUACAGUGACUGCGGACGCGUUAUUCGGUGAUGCGUCAGAUAUAAGUACAGAGGAUGAAGGGGAGAAGAGAUCAGAUAGAUCCAAAUCCAGGUCGAGGUCGAGGAGUCGCAGCGCCGCGAGGUCUGAUGAUGAAAGACGGACACCGGAUGAGGCGAAGGGUAGCGGUGAUGAGGAGAACCGUGAAAAACCUGAAGAGGAGGAGGAAGUGGAGAUCCCGGAGACGAGGAUAGACGUUGACAUGCCUAAGAUCUGGACGGAGCUGGGCAAGGAGCUGCACUUUGUGAAGCUGCCCAACUUCUUGUCGGUGGAGACGCGCCCUUAUGACCCUAAUACUUAUGAAGAUGAAAUUGAUGAAGAGGAAACCUUGGACGAAGAAGGUCGAGCGAGGUUAAAAUUAAAAGUUGAGAACACGAUUCGAUGGCGCACGGUGUUUGACAAGGAAGGCAAUGCAAUUAAAGAAUCCAACGCUCGUAUGGUGAAGUGGUCAGACGGCAGCAUGUCCCUACAUCUCGGCUCUGAGAUAUUCGACGUUUAUAAACAACCAUUACAUGGUGACCACAACCACCUGUUCGUGCGCCAAGGCACGGGGCUGCAGGGCCAGGCCGUGUUCCGCACCAAGCUGUCCUUCAGGCCGCACUCCACGGAGUCCUUCACUCACAGGAAGAUGACCCUGUCCCUCGCCGACCGAUCCACGAAGACCUCCGCCAUCAAGAUACUCUCGCAAGUUGGAGCUGAUCCUGACGCUGAUAGGAAAUACCAGUUGAAGAAAGAGGAAAUGGAGCUACGUGCUGCGAUGCGGUCCCGUGCGGCGACGCGGCGCGCCCGGCGCGGCGGCGGCGCGGCGGCGGGCGGCCAGCGCGGCGCACGCGACGACUCCGAGGACGAGGGCGGAGUCUCCCUCGCUGCUAUCAAGAAUAAAUACAAAGCGGGACAGAAAGCGACAGCAGGAGCGGCGAUAUACUCUUCAGAAUCGGAAGGUUCUGAUGUGGAGACGCGGCGCGCUCGCCGGCUCGACCGCGCUAAGGCUCUCAAGGACUCCGACUCUGAGGGCAGUGAGGGCAAUGCUGCCACUCCUGCGCACACGCAUAGUGCUUCUAACUCACAUAGUGGCAGCGAAUAACAAAUACAUCCUACAUUUAUAAUGAAAUGAGAAAUUAGGACCGGUUAUCGGCGCCCUGGGCGACAAAUCCGACGCCCUGGGCGGUUGACUUCGCCCUACACUAACUACAAUGUUAAUAGUAAACUUAACAAAACAAUUUUACCUUUAUAGAGAGUUAUACACUUAUUAAAUGUAUCACAUAUUUUCAGCCAGUGGAAAUAUGUGUAUCUCAUAUCAAUUUUAUUUUAAAGAGUUUUUUUUUAAUUUCAUGUCUAAAACUGAAUGUAUAGUCCGAUAAGGCUGUCCGACCCGGUGGGCAAAAUUCAAACUAAUUUGACAGCUCACUAGCGCCCUCCUGUCAAUGUCAAAAUGUCAAUCCUAUUCGUACUCUGACGUCAUUUUAUGCCAUUUUGUCUGCCGCAUAAACGAAACAUUGUAAAUAUCAAUUCUUGUAAUUGUAUUACGCGGGUAAAUGAUGUUAUUGUAAUAAAUUACAAUGAACUAUGAAA